AUGCCCGAACUCUGGAUAACAUCGCAACUCGUCCGGACUUCCUGGGCCGAGAUCCCGACUCGGACUCAAGCGUCCCUGGUGGGCCGGGGCGGAGCCAGCACAGUCCUGCGCGCAACCCCGCCCUGGGGGGCGUGGUUUCACUUGCGCGGGCAGGCGCGCGCAGCCUGUCCCGGCCUCCCCAGGGACCGAGGGGCGCCGGACCGGAGGCCGGGCGUGGGGCCUCACCCGCUCACCAUGGUGGAACGACGUUUCUCCAAGUUCCUGCGCAAACUCCCAUUCUCCCGGGCCGGCCACCAGUACCAGCCGCUGGAGAGGGGCGAGUGGGAAGCCUUGACGGACGAACAAUGCGGGUUAAAAGCCAUCGAGAAAGAGAAGACGGUGGUACCUCUACCGCCCAACGAGGCAUGCAAAUGUCACAAGGAGGACUUGGCCAAAGCAUUUUACGUGGACUUGGAGAAGGGGCUGUCUGAGUUCUCGGUAACACAGCGCAGACUGGUCCAUGGCUGGAAUGAGUUUGUGGCCGACAAUACCGAACCUGUGUGGAAGAAAUACCUGGACCAGUUUAAGAGUCCCCUGAUCCUGCUGCUGCUGGGCUCGGCCCUGGUGAGCGUGCUCAUUAAGGAGUAUGAAGAUGCCGUCAGCAUCACCAUGGCCGUGCUGAUUGUGGUCACCGUGGCCUUCAUCCAGGAAUACAGAUCGGAGAAGUCCUUGGAAGAGCUGACCAAGCUGGUUCCCCCAGAAUGCAACUGCAUCAGAGAAGGAAGACUUCAGCACCUGCUGGCGCGGGACCUGGUCCCAGGAGACAUCGUGUCCCUGUCCAUCGGAGACCGCAUCCCGGCAGACAUCCGCCUCACUGAGGUGACAGACCUCUUGGUGGACGAGUCUAGUUUUACCGGAGAGGCUGAGCCGUGCAGUAAGACAGACAGCCCCCUGCCUGGCGGGGGCGACCUCACCACACUGAGCAACAUCGUCUUCAUGGGCACGCUGGUACAGUGUGGGAAAGGCCAGGGCGUCGUGAUUGGAACAGGGGAGCAGUCUCAAUUUGGAGAAGUCUUUAAGAUGAUGCAGGCUGAAGAGACACCUAAGACGCCCUUGCAGAAGAGCAUGGACAAGCUGGGGAAGCAUCUGACACUCUUCUCGUUUGGCAUCAUCGGUCUGAUCAUGUUCACUGGCUGGCUGCAAGGGAAGCCGAUACUCAGCAUGUUCACCAUCGGGGUCAGUCUGGCAGUGGCCGCUAUCCCGGAAGGCCUGCCUAUUGUGGUCAUGGUCACGUUGGUCCUAGGAGUCCUGCGGAUGGCCAAGAAGCGGGUCAUUGUGAAGAAGCUGCCCAUUGUGGAGACGCUAGGUUGCUGCAAUAUCAUCUGUUCUGACAAGACGGGGACUCUGACAGCCAACGAGAUGACAGUGACCCAGCUGGUGACGUCCGAUGGGCUCCACGCUGAGGUCAGUGGGGUCGGGUACAAUGGCAAUGGGAGUGUGUGUCUGUUACCAUCCAAGGAAGUACUGAAGGAAUUUUCCAAUGUCUCAGUGGGAAAAUUAGUGGAGGCUGGCUGUGUGGCCAACAAUGCCAUUGUCAGGAAGAACACAGUGUUGGGACAGCCCACAGAGGGGGCUCUGAUAGCCCUGGCCAUGAAGAUGGGCUUAAGUGAUGUCAAAGAUUCCUACGUAAGGAAAAAAGAGAUCCCAUUCAGCUCAGAACAGAAGUGGAUGGCAGUGCGGUGCAGCCGGAAGAACGAGGAGCAGGAAGACAUUUACUUCCUGAAGGGGGCCUUGGAGGAAGUGAUCCGGUAUUGUACGAUGUACAACCAUGGGGGUAUCUCGCUGCCCCUGACGCCCCAGCAGCAGUCACUGUGCGAGCAGGAGGAGAAGAGGAUGGCCACACUGGGCCUGCGGGUACUGGCCCUGUCGUCUGGGCCCGAGCUGGGGCAGCUGACGUUCCUGGGCCUCGUGGGAAUCAUCGACCCUCCGAGGGCCGGUGUGCAGGAAGCCGUGCAGGUUCUCUGCGAAUCAGGCGUGUCAGUGAAGAUGAUCACAGGAGACGCUCUGGAGACAGCGUUGGCCAUAGGAAGAAGCAUCGGCCUGUGCAAUGGGCAGAUCAGCGCUAUGUCUGGGGAGGAGCUGGAAUACACAGAAGAGGACCAGCUGGCUGAGUGCGUCAGAAAGGUGUCUGUCUUCUUCAGGACCAGCCCAAAGCACAAACUCCGCAUCAUCAAGGCCUUGCAGGAGUCGGGGGCGAUCGUGGCCAUGACGGGAGAUGGGGUGAAUGACGCAGUCGCCCUGAAGUCGGCAGACAUCGGUAUUGCCAUGGGGCAGACGGGAACAGACGUCAGCAAGGAAGCCGCCAACAUGAUCUUGGUGGACGAUGAUUUCACGGCCAUCAUAAACGCCGUGGAGGAGGGCAAGGGGAUUUUUUAUAACAUCAAGAACUUUGUGCGCUUCCAGCUGAGCACGAGCAUCUCUGCCCUGAGCCUCAUCACGUUGUCUACUGUACUCAACCUGCCCAACCCCCUCAACGCCAUGCAGAUCCUGUGGAUCAACAUCAUCAUGGAUGGGCCGCCCGCCCAGAGCUUGGGGAUGGAGCCUGUGGACAGGGACACCCUGAGACAGCCACCGAGGAGUAUCAAGGACACGAUCCUCGGCCGAGCCCUCGUCCUGAAGAUCCUGCUGUCUGCCACCAUCAUCAUCAGCGGGACCCUGUUCGUCUUCUGGAAGGAGAUCCCGGAAGACAAGGCCAGCACUCCACGCACCACAACCAUGACCUUCACCUGCUUCGUGCUGUUUGACCUCUUCAACGCCCUGACCUGCCGCUCCCAGACCAAGCUCAUCUGCGAGAUCGGCUUCCUCAGGAACCGCAUGUUCCUCUUCUCCGUGCUUGGCUCCCUCCUGGGGCAAUUGGCUGUGAUCUAUAUCCCCCUGCUGCAGAAGGUCUUCCAGACGGAGAAUCUGGGCGUGCUGGAUCUGGUGUUUCUAACUGGCCUGGCUUCCUCCGUCUUCCUCCUGUCUGAGCUCCUGAAACUCUGUGAACGGUACAGUUGUCGAGCUCGCAGGGCCGAGAACACCCAGGUGUAG